CUCAGGAGUUCAUCAUGGGGCUGAGCGACCGGCGGUCGAAAGUGUAACAAACCCUCUCUAACAUGGCAUUGAACCGUUUCUGUCUUCUAACAGCACACGCAAGGACACAGCUAAAUAUGGCGCUGCCUCGCAUCUGGACUUCCAUGAAUCUUCAGAGAAUUUUCAUUCAACCACCCUUACUUGCUUCCCUCCAAUGGGUUCGAACCUUGGUCAGUUCUACCCACUCUUCAAAUGAUGUUAGUGGCAAAGGGACAGAGAACGAGCUACUGCUUGACAACCUGAAGAUUCUGGGAGUGGAUGUGAAAAAGGCCCGGAAACGGCAACCAGGUGUACUGAGGAAGAACAUCACCAAUGAGCACGGACUUGUGCACUUCUUGCAAACUAAAGGGGCCAGUCGUGAGGUGGUGGCCAGCAUCAUUUCACGCUUCCCCCGCUCCAUCACUCGCUCUGGGGAGCACCUGGAGGAGCGCUGGCAGCUGUGGCGGAGUGUGUUUCAGAGUGACAAUGAGAUUGUCAGUAUUCUGAACCGCUCGCCCGAGUCUUUCUUCCGCUCCAGUGACAACGACAACUUGGAAAAGAACAUAGUCUUCCUCACUUCACUGGGACUGAACUCCAAGGACCUGCAUCGACUCCUCACCACGGCACCACGUACCUUCUCCAACAGCGUGGAGCUCAACCGUCAGAUGGUGGAUCUGCUUCAGGAUGUGUGUGCAAGCCUUGGUGGGAUGGAGCCUAGUCAGUUCGCCAAGGCUGUCAUCUCAAAGAAUCUUUACAUCCUGAUUCGCAGCACGAAGCGGGUCAAGGCCAAUGUGGAGUUCCUCCAGUCCUCACUGAGACUGAAGAACUCAGAGCUGCUGGGCCUGCUGCAAGGAAAUGGGGCAGAGAUCCUGGACAUCUCUCAUGAAAUCCUCAAGAGGAACUUCAGGAUGCUUCAGGAGAAGCUGGACUCGGUGGGCGGAACCAAGAAGGAUGUUAUUAAACUCAUUGUGAACUAUGCCUCAAUCCUCUUUGUUUCUCCUGGGCUGAUGAGCGACAAACUGGACUGCUUGCUACAGGCAGGAAUUACAGUGAAACAGAUCACGGAAAAGCCAAGGGUCCUAGACUUUAGCCAUGAGAACUUGAAGUGGCGUCUAGAUGAACUGAGAAAGGUUGGGUAUGAGUUUGACCAGAAUGGGAUUGCUAUUUUGGACAGUAGCCGCAAGCGUUUUGAGGCCAAGUUGCAGAAGCUGGAUUCUGUUAAGGAGUAAAUUUACAACAGUUUUGUUGAUUGCCUUAAAAAUCGAAGAACAUAGUACAUGCAGCACAAGUGGACCUUCUCUUUUCAUGCACUGUAAGACAUAGUUAUGCUUGCUAUCCAAAAGUAAAAUUUCCAUAGUGAGGAAACCGAAAAGACUGAACUGUCUAACAUGGGUCACAGGCCGAUCAUGUUUUGUCAGAUUUAUUCAAAACCCUGUCAUAAACCAUAAAUAAAGAAUACCAAUACAUUUGUAUAA